AUGUCUUAUUUACAUUUGGCAUCAACUGUCAAUUCAUCAACAACAUCAUCAUCAUCUACACCAUCAUGUUUUUUUAAUGUAAACACUAAUGGUGGAGUUUCAACAGUACCAACACCAAUGCCAUCAAAUUCAACAUCCCUACUUGGAUCUAUCGGUGGUGGAAAACAAUGGACAACUAUUGGACAACCAUCAUCAUCAUCAUCAACAUUAUCACAACAAUUAUUGUUAAAACAACCAAAUUUUCUUAAUACUCAACAAACAACAUCAUCACAUUUCGAUAAUAUUCUUGGAUCAUCAUCUUCUCAAACACAAAUUGAAAAAAAUUUUGAAUUACAACAAGAAGAUUUUCCACCAUUACCACAUCGAAAUACAUUUCAUGAAACAACAUCAUCAUCAUCAUCAACAUUAAAUAUUCCAUCACAUCAUCAAAAUCAAAUUUCAUCAACAAUAACAAAUGGAUAUAAUUCAACACAAACACAACAUUCACAAUCACAAUCACCUGUAUCAUUUAAAUCAUCUAUUGAUGCAUUAAGUACAUUAAUAAGUCGAUAUCAAGUACCUGUUAAUAAUAAAUCAACAACAUUAUCAAAUAAUUCUACAAAUGGUUUACCAUCAUCAACUAUAACAGAUCAAUAUGGUCUUGUUGGUCUUUUACAAAUGAUUCAACAAGCUGAGAAAAAUCCAGAUUCAUCAAUGUUACUUAAUUUUGAUUUAACAACACUUGGACUUAGUAUGGAAAGUACGAAUGAUUUAUAUCCAUCAUUUAUUUCUCCAUUUUCUGAUAAUCAAGCACGAGCAUAUGAAAUUGAUUAUCAAGUACCAAUGGAAUAUCAAAUGGGAAUACAAAUACGUGAAAAAUUACCACAAGUGAAUUUUUCAACAUUAAAUGAAGAUACAUUAUUUUUUUUAUUUUAUUUAUUUGGUAAUGAUUAUGUGCAAUUAUCAGCUGCAAAUGAAUUAUAUAAACGUGAUUGGCGUUAUCAUAAAGAUGAACGUAUAUGGUUAACACGUAUAAAAAAUAUAAUGCCUGAUCAAAAAUAUGAUACAUAUGAAACAGGUGUUUAUUGUGUAUUUGAUGUACAACUUUGGCGUAAAACACAUAAAAGUAUGCGAAUUGAUUAUGAUAAAUUAGAUGGUCCUGUUGUAAAACAACAUCCAGAUUUACUUGCAUCAAAAUUUCUUCAACAACAAUAUACGCCAAUAACAUCGUAUAAUACAAAUUCAUCUAGAUAG